AUGUGUAUAUCUUGUUCGUCAGGUCUGGAAUUCAUCCCUGCAAGUGAUAGUUUGAACCAAAGUGUUACCUGCUGGAAAGCUAGCAACAACAACUUUUUUCGUUCGCUUCUCUGUCUACAUAUCUUUACACAACUCUCUCACUAUCUACAAUUAUCCCCAACCCGCUGUCUUCCUGUCUGUCGUCUGUAUCAGGUUGGCAACUGGAUAAUAAUCGAAGCCAACAAAUUCUGUAACCUUCUUUCUUCCUCGGGUUGUUCAUCUGUGUCAGUCUUUCAGACUAAUCUAAAUGUAAUGACUAAAUCAACCUUGAAGGUAGUUUGCGACCCGUACAGUGGGCUCAAAUACGUGACGCUUAGCAAAGAGAAAACCAAAAGCGGCGGCCGUGACUUGUACAACCGACACGGCAACUCGGCAUUUUCCAAUAUUCCAAAUUUGAUGCCAGAGUUGGUUGACACACCACUUUGUCCAGUGAAAUCAUUCGAAAAAUAUUUGUCAAAACUUCAUCCGCUUUGCGACCGUCUGUGGCAGAGGCCCCAUCGCAAAGCAAUGAAACGAACUAUUACAAAUGUCUCGAGAAGGAGAUCAACAGCUUCAAAACCGGCCAUCGCUACGAUUAAACAUAAACUGUGGCCAAAACAUGGUAGUAGCAAUAACAGAGCAUCAAGUGGAACUAUUCCAAGAUCUGUGGCAAAUAAACACUUGGAACAAAAUACCACUGCUAUUCCUGGAGGAUCGGAAUGGACUUUUGAAAAUAUCAGGUCUGAAAUGGAUGUCAACACGUCUCAGAGUUUUUUGAAUCCUUCAACUUCGAGCCCUUCCAUAAAUUCUUACAAUCUGAAUACCCAAAACUCUGGGAUUGACACCAAACCAUUAACAGUAAAUCAGGCUGACCUCAAAAAGCAACAGUUAGAAUUCCUUGAGGCACAGAUGCUUCAAGCUGAUGUUGAAGCAAAGAAACGGCAAGCAGAAGUCCAGAAAAGGCAAGCAGAACUUGCAGAAGCAAAGAAACUGGCUGAGAAGUUAGCUGAAGAAGAAAGACUGCGAAAAGAAUCUGAGAAUAAAAUUUACAAGUACAUGGUGUUGAACCACGAAAAGAAAAUUUUGGAAACAUUACGAGCACUGUGGAAAGGAAACCAGUUCUGUGAUGCUACGCUACAAAAUGAAUGUAUAUCCAUUCCUGUUCACAAAAUCCUUUUGAUAGCUUGCUGUCCCAAAAUACUUGAAACGUAUGAUUACAUCAUGAAAGACACAAAUGUACAAGUGUGCUUCCCUCGCAAGGUUACUGCUGAAGCUUUGAAAGCCUUUGUUGAUUAUCUUUAUAAUGGUUCAUUAAACCUGAGCAAAUCAAUUUUAGACAGCAUGGAAUAUUUAUCAGGCAUGUUAGGUCUUGAUGACAUUCGGCAACUAUGCAACCAAUUCCGUUCAGACAUGCUUAAUGAUUCCAUUUGUUUACCUGAUAAAACCAUUGUUAAUGUGACCAAUUCCCAUGAUCAAUCAAGUCACCAGAUGUCUUAUAAUGACCCCAUUCUUCCACCACCACCCAUUGUCCGACCGUCAACACACAGUACAGCUACACCUACUGCAGUGUCUAUACAGUUAUCAUCAAACUUUCAGGAUGUGUCUGUUUCUUCUGCUCAGUCAAAUGACUUCAGUCUAUUUCCUGAGCCUCAUUCAAACUCUGUUCUCACUGAAUGUGAUAACAAUCUCUCCUUCCAAUUCCCCGUGCCAGUCACCUAG